UGAAAUAAGGGAAUUGGUCAAAUGCAGGGUCGGUCUGCGUUCUUGAGAGGCAAUAUCAUAGAUAGAACUAUACUUAGCAUUUGAACGAAUCUGAGCUCGAUUUGUAGCUUUAAUCAUGCGAUUUCUCUUCGUAUUCGCCACUCUAUCGAUCCUCCUUCUCUCUCUUCCUCUGUUCAGUUAUUCCGCCCAAUUCACCCUAGAUGGAACCGUCUUGGAACUCACUGAUUCCAAUUUCGACCAAGCUAUUUCCUCCUUCGAUUACAUCUUCGUCGAUUUUUAUGCUCCAUGGUGCGGUCACUGCAAGCAUCUCUCUCCCGAGUUAGAUAAGGCAGCUCCUAUUCUUGCACAACUCAAGGAACCGAUUGUAAUAGCAAAAAUAAACGCGGACAAGUAUACUGGAAUUGCCAGUAAAUAUGAGAUUGAUGGGUAUCCAACGCUAAAGAUAUUUCUGCAUGGAGUUCCUACUGAUUAUUAUGGACCAAGGAAAGCUGAUUUACUUGUUCGAUUCCUGAAGAAGUUUGUUGCUCCUAAUGUUGCCAUCCUUAGUUCUGAUGCUGAGAUUAGAAAUUUUAUUGAAGAGGCCGGUCUUAACUUUCCCAUUUUUAUUGGUUAUGGCUUAAAUGAAUCAGUAAUAACAAAUGUGGCUGUCAAAUAUAAAAAAAGGGCUUGGUUUACUGUAGCAAAAGAUUUCUCAGAGGAAGCAAUGGCGCUGCAUGAUUUCGACAAGGUUCCUGCUUUAAUAACUCUUCAUCCUACCUAUGAUGAAAGAAGCGUCUUUUAUGGCCCCUUUGAAGAACCAUUCUUGGAGGAAUUUGUACAGCAGAAUAUGUUCCCAAUUGUUAUUCCUAUAAACUACGAGACACUAAAACAGUUGCGAGAUGAUGAGAGAAAAAUUGUGCUAACAAUUAUGGACGACGCAAAAACAGAGAAAUCCAGACAAUUAAUCGAAACCCUAAAAGCAGCUGCAUCUGCCAACAGGGAUUUCAUUUUCGGUUACGUAGGAGUGAAACAAUAUGCAGAUUUUGCCGAAUCUUUUGAGGUUAACAAGAAGACUAAAUUGCCCAAAAUGGUAGUGUGGGAUGGAAACGAGGAUUUUUUCUCUGUUAUAGGUUCAGAAAGCAUCGACGAGGAGGAAGAACAACGAUCCCAAGUAACACGUUUUAUCGAAGGAUACAGACAAGGAAGUGUGAUACAGAAACAAAUUGGAGCUCUAUCGUUUAUGGGUUACAUAAAUUCGCUGAUUGGGAUUAGAACAAUUUACAUAAUUGUUUUCGUGGUUCUGAUUAUCAUGAUUAUUCAAACCAUUAACAAAGAGGAACCUCUUACAGUUGGAACGCGUGAACAAGCUGCUGCUGCUCAUGAUCGCCCUGGAAGCUCUACUUCCGAGGAGGAAGAAGACGAGGAUCAUCGUCAUCAACACGUAUCUUCUUCUUCUCGAUCUGGAAAGAAGGAAGAUUGAUCAACUUUUGAUGAAACUAAACAUAUAACUUAUUGUUUUUUUUGUUUUGGUGAAACUAUGUGUACUUUGUUUUUAAUUUAUUUAUCAGAUCAGUUUUUAAACUUGUCUA